UGCUUUCAAAUUCACCUCAUUCCGUUUUCCCCAUCAUCUUCCUCCAAACCUGCAUCAUGCUUUCUCAGUAUCCUCUCAACCCAAACGCCCAAUCUUAUUAUUCGACACCAAAUAAUCAAGUAUUUUAUGAUCCUCGUUUUAUCCAUCACUACGUGCCUCCUUCUAAUUUGGGGGUUUACCCUCCGUCUCCGUUUCCGUUUCCCUAUGAUCAGAACGUGAAAACGGUUAAAGUGUGGGCCAGGGUUAGAGGAAGGAAGCUUCUAGCUGAGAAUAAUGCUAGGGCAAAGCCUCUUGGUAAUCGCGCAGUUCCGUUUCCAAACACCGUUCAAGAAGCUAAGACCUCUUCUAUCACCACUGUCAUGAUUCGCAAUAUUCCUAACCAAUUCAAGUUUGAAGACUUGCAGCUAAUACUGGACGAGCAUUGCUUUAAACAGAACAAAAGCGCUGAGGAUCCUAAGGCUUGGUCCAAGUUUGAUUUCGUUUAUUUGCCCAUGGAUUAUGGGAAACACGCGAUAGAGAAGAAAAAGUCGAAUUUGGGAUACGCGUUUGUGAACUUCACCACUCCUGCUGCUGCGUUCAAGUUCUACAGCGAGUUCCAAGGUUUCGAGUGGGAUGUCGCCAAAAACAAGAAGAUAUGUGAAAUCAACGUGGCUCAGUAUCAGGGUAAAGAUACUCUGAAGAGGAUUUUCCAGGGAAAAGUUUUCAAGUGCGAGAGUCGAGAUUUUUUGCCUGUCCUAUACUCAGGAGGAGGCCGUGAUGGCUUGAACCGUCGAAUCAAGGGAACUUACGUGGGAAAACAUGUAUUGGGUCUGCCACGGAAGAAGAACCCUAGGAACCUGUUUCUUUUAAUUAACCCAAACGUGUGAUUCGAGCCCCGUCCCCUUCCGUACGUCCUUUCCAUUUCCAUGGGAACUUAAUCCUUAGUUGCUUUUUUUUAAAAAAAAAAACAUUUUUUCCUAGGUUGUAGCACUUCUUUGUCUUGGACUUGGAUCGUGGUAUUGGUGAAUCCUUGCUUUGUUUAGGAUUAGUUAGGUCAGAUGCAUAUCCCGCACUUGCAAGUUUAAUAUAACCCUUUAUCCUCUCUCUUUUUUUUUUUUUGUUGGGUAUGAGAUUUUUAGGUUUCAUAUGGGAACAGCUAAUCAGUUAGGUCCUAGGAUAAUAUUGUAACCAUGCAUAGUAUCUUUUUGACUUUCUUUCCCCUUCUUAGUUUUAGGUUGUCUAGAGAGAUGAGAUUCCUGUGUUUUCAUUCUCCCCCUGGAAAUGGUGGGGUCUUCCAUGCUAUAUACCAUUUUGGGUGAAUUGGAAACAUGGGUUUAACAAAUUAUGAGUUGCUCUGUGUAGUUUGUAUCGUUUAA